AAAAAAAAAAAAAGAUUUUCACGAAAUCAAUCACGUGAUCUAUUUCCAUAUCUGCUCCGUACUCUUCCCUUUUCGCUCCAUGGUCUUAUACACUAGCAUCCAAUCAUGCAAAUACCGCGUCAUCGAAUAUUAGAUCUUGUUAAGACACAAUGUCGCAUAUUUUCCCAGAGUUUUAAUCCCGAGAGACUUCGCUUAGGAAACAAGAUCCUGAGGCAAAGAUUGCGAGGACCGGCACUUGCAGCAUGGUAUCCCAGGAAGACGGUCUCUUUUCGAGAUCUGCAGGAUACGUAUCGGCCACUUGGUUUAACCAUAUUUGAUGAGGCCGAGGACGAUAGAGAAGAAGCCAUUCAGAUUGCGAAAUCUCGAGGAAAAGGCAGACCAAAGAAAAAGAGAACGGCGGCAGAGUCCCGAACAGCAAAGAAGAAGAAGUAGCAUGUCUCCCAUAUAUCUCUUUCAACUGCAUCUAUAAAGUCUGGCUUAGCUAUGAUCUCCAAAAUUUAGUAACUCGAGAUAACUAUGCAAUGCAGAAUACUCCGUAGAAUAACUAGUACUUGCUAUUUAAUACUGGAUAUGGGACGUGCGCUUAAUCACGUGUCCAAUACCCCGUUGAAUACCCCCG